AUGCAAGGCUUCAACAUGGGCCGCUAUCGGCCACCAGAUGCCGACCCGCGCACUGCGUCCUUCAACGCCACACGCCACCCGCUCGGCAAGCGCGCUCGCCACCUCGCCUCCCAUGGCAUCCUCACCGUCCGCUUCGAACUGCCCUUCCACGUCUUCUGCCUCUCGUGCUCCUCUCACAUCGCCCAAGGAGUGCGUUUCAAUGCAGACAAGAAACAGGAGGGCGAGUAUCUCUCCACCAAAAUCUGGGGAUUUACGUGCAAGUGCCCUCACUGCUCGAGCAAGUUUGAAAUUCGAACGGAUCCGCAGCAUGCGCAAUACGUUGUGGAGUACGGUGUCAAGAAGCAGAAUCAAGAGUGGGAGCCGGAGGAAAACGGUGGCCAUCCUGUGUUCGACACUCAGAAGAGGACGGAUGAUGGCGGAAGAGACGCGUUUGCGCAGGUUGACAAGCAGACGAAGGAGAGCGCUAAAGCAAAACAGCGCGAGCAGCGCGUUCAGGAGCUAUUAAAUGCACAGGAGCAGUGGAGCGACCCGUACAGCCGCAACGCUCAACUGCGCAAGACCUUUCGAAAGGACAAAAGGAAGCGCGUCGAACAGCUGGAGAGCGAUCUGCAGGUAAAGCAGCGCAUUGGGUGGAAUCACGACAAACAGUUGCUCGACACUUCGCCGGCCACCGCGGAACGGGAUAGGCAAGCUUGGAGGGAUGCGAAAGGCUCAAGUAGGGCGAGCACGUCGAGUAAAAAGGUGAUUGAAGCAGGCUCAUCGAACAAGGGAGGAAGCAAAGCGACAUCAGCCGCGCAGAGGCUGCGUGCUACGUUAGUGGCGAAUACGAUCAAGAAGAAGGAUCCCUUCUUGAGUCAGAUGCAGGCGCAGAGGCAAUCUCGCUCAUCCACUUCGUCGCCUCGCUCAUCGUCCAACCAUAUCUAA